ACGCCUACGGGGCUUUUUUUUAUUUUUAUACUCCCAGCUCACAGUUAGGCGCAGCAGCAGUCGAACGUGUGGAUACGAUGCAGUCACAUGAAGCCACUUUAUUCGUGAGUGAUAAACACACGGCCCACCCCUCUUCCGCUUUCGGCUGUUUGAUUCUGUGUCUUCAGACGGGAUCUACUCGGGGAAAACAGGAAUGUUUCUUCCGGCUCCAAACAGUGUGAAAAACGAACGCAACCCGACGUGGUCUUUGUAGUCUGUCAGCAGACUUUUGUUCUACCUGCUUUUCCACUGCUCUUGCCUUGAAAUUCGGGAUACACUGCUCUGCCCUGCUGCUGGUUUUGCUCUCCCCAGUACACCAGGAAAAACCUUUGAGAAAGAGGGAGGUGUCUGAACUCAGAAGUAGAGCUGACCCUCUGGCUGAAUGUCUCUGAUCGCUGAUCAGCUCCCUUCCUCUUCCUGUUUCCACUACCUCUCAAGGAUCCACAUUUUCAUAUAACCUCCAAGCCCACAGCCAGCUGUAAUUCCUUUGAUCACGGGCUCUUUUGGCAAUCAGUCCCUCUGGACAAAAACAUCAGUACCGUUCAGGCAUCCCCUGACCGGCCCCCAACUGCUGCACUUUCUGCGGGGGAGGGAGGGGAAGCAAGGCAGCUGAAAGACGUGCGGCUUUCUCCAGAGAUGAAGCUGCAAGCUGUCAUGGAGAACCUGCACAGGCAGCAGAGGGCUAAGCUGCUUAUGGAGCAGCAGCUACAGCAGCAAGCCGCCGCCCAGCUGACUCAGGCCCGCACUGGUGGGGGCGGAGGGGAUGAACCAAAGGGGAGCCCGUCACCUGAGGUGGAGCAGGCCCAGAUGGCAGCAUUGGCAGCUAUGCGGGCCGCAGCGGCCGGGCUGCAGAGGGUGUCGCACAGCCCUGUGUCCGAGCAUAGCAGUGGUGGCGAGGAGGAAGACGACGAUGAUGAAGGCGAAGAUCAGUACAAGGAUAUGAUGGGGUCAGAAGAGGAGGAGCAGAUCAAGCAAAAAUGGGACGAGGAGGACUUUGAGGGUGAGAUAGAUGAAGACUUUGAUGAAGACCUGGCUGAAGGUCUGCCAACAGGUCAUGACGCUGUUGCCCCUGGGAAGGGAAUCCUCUUGCUGCCCCACCGUCAGCUCCACCCUCAGUCCCACCUGCUGAAGGCCCGUCCCUGUGUUGAUCAGGAACCACGUGUAGCCAUCCUCCCCCCUCACACCACACAUGUCCACUUAGGUGCCCAGGACCAUGGAGAAUGGACCUAUGAGGAACAGUUCAGACAGUUGUAUGAACUAGAUGGAGACCCAAAAAGAAAAGAGUUUCUGGAUGAUCUCUUCAGCUUCAUGCAAAAACGAGGAACUCCUGUGAACCGCAUUCCCAUCAUGGCCAAGCAGGUGCUGGAUCUUUAUAUGCUCUACAGGCUGGUGACGGAGAAGGGCGGUCUGGUGGAGGUCAUCAACAAAAAACUUUGGAGGGAGAUCACAAAAGGACUCAACUUGCCUACCUCAAUCACCAGUGCAGCCUUCACCCUCCGCACACAAUACAUGAAGUAUCUGUAUCCAUAUGAAUGUGACAAAAGGGGUCUGAGCAACCCCAAUGAGCUCCAGGCAGCCAUUGACAGCAAUCGGCGAGAGGGUCGACGACAGAGCUUUGGUACUUCCCUCUUCACAUACUCCCCAAAUGGGACGCCCACUAUGCUUUCCUCACCCAAGCUCCCCACAACCAGUGUGGGUCUGCCAGUGGUCACCAAUGGGGCAUCACUGGCCCCUAUCCAAAAGAACAAGAAAGAAGAGGAGGGAGGCCACCCGUUGCCGGGGGUUGGUGUGGCUCGAAUGGCAGCUGGUCCCUUAGCGGCUCACCCUGUGACUGCUGUGCAAGCAGCGGCAGCGCAGGCAGCAAUGGUGGCUCAGGUGGCAGCUCUGGAGCACCUAAGGGACAAACUGGAUUCUGGUGAGCCACCAGAGAAGAAGAUGGCGCUGUCGGCUGAGGAGCAUCAUCGAAUGCUGCAGAGAGCACUGCAACAAAAUCUGCUGGCCAUGACAACCCAACUACCUAUGAACAUCCGCAUCAACAGUCAAGACGGCAGGCAGGACUCGGCUCUGAACCUCACCACCAAUGGCAUGAGCAGCAUUAACAUGUCAGUGGAGCUCAAUGGAGUGGUGUACACCGGUGUCCUUUUUGCCCAGCCGGCAGCGGGGUCGUCCUCGUCCAGUUCCUCUGGAUUGUCGGUUUCCAAUAAGGCCGUCAGCAGCCGUGUCUCCUCACAGCAGCAGAACACACCUACCUCAUCCUCAUCUUCUACCAACCUAAUGUCUUAACAAACGCUUACAUGUUAUUUUUUAAGUACCACGCUAAACGAAGCCCAAAAAUGACCUCAUUUUCUAUGUAGCUGAUGCCAAACACAAUCAUAAACCAUAUGGAGAGACACAAACUGAAACUCGUAUCACUUGAAGUACACUAUCUCAGGUUUUCUCUCUCAAACUCGCCUCUUUUGUUCUUCAGAGCCAAAAUAUUUUGGAAAAAAAAAUCCCAACUGAGAGCAAAUAUAUGCUUAAAAAAAAAAAAAUGCACAGCCUGGGAAUUAUUUAUUUCUGCAUAAAUGUACAGAUUAUUGGAGAACAAAAGAGAAGGUAAUAAAUAGGAAUGGUAAUGCACUGUUUCCACACCAACACACCUACUGACUGACAGCUAUAUUUUAUUUUCUAACAGAUAUUUUUUAUUUUACCUUUUUAUCAUCAUUAUUGUUAUUCUCAUUGUUUUAUCGUGUAAACGAUUCACAAAUCCUCCUACUGCAGAAAGAAAAAAAAAAAUCUAUAUUUAGAAUUCUACGGUAAAGAAUAGAAAA